UCAGAAUAUAGGCUCCUAGAAUGCAAGAUCACAACUUCUAGAGACCCACCAAAAUUCCUUGUUCAUCAAAUGGGACAGGAGGUAGGGUCUUUGAGAGUUCAGCAGAUCAUGAAGACAGAGCUCUCGUGAACUGGAUUUGUGACAACAAACUCACAACUAUCAACUGAAUAGCAAACAAAAACAAAAACCAACUAAGCAAACCACCAGAACAGGAACAGAAUCACAGAACCUGGUUACCUGUGCACACCUGUGACAUUUUUUGACGAGCCAGCCAGGAGAAGACGCCGGAGUGAUGCUGGACUGGAGAUUGGCAAGUGCACAUGUUAUCCUGGCCAUGACAUUGAUGCUGUGGGGCUCAGGAGAAGUGCUCUCAGUGGAUGUAGCAACAGAGGCUUUGGAUGCUGGAAUCCGAGAUGCACAGUCACCACCCACAGUUAGGGAAGAGAAAUCAGCAGCUGAUCUGGCAGCAAAACUCAUGCUUCUUGAUGAACUGGUAUCUCUGGAGAAUGAUGUGAUUGAAACAAAGAAGAAAAGGAGCUUUUCUGGAUUUGGGUCUCCCCUAGACAGACUCUCAGCUGGCUCUAUGGAUCACAAAGGUAAACAGAGGAAAGCAGUAGAUCAUCCAAAAAGGCGAUUUGGUACCCCCAUGGAUCGGAUUGGUGGAAAUCGGCUUUCAAACUCCAGAGGCUAAUUGUUUCCAAUCAUGUGACUUCCUUGGGUGAAAUGUCACAGAAACAUGGAAGAUGCUUCCUUUAAUCAUCUUUAAUGAUUAAACUUUAAAGGAACUGG